UCACCAGCCCAAGUUUGUCCAAGUCUGUUCGCUGUUACUAGCAAGAGUGGGGUCGCAACGCACCCACCCCAUAACAAGGGAGGGCAUCCCCCACUAUUCGUCGGCAUAACCGGUCAGUUGGGAGGAGAGCUCAGCACUCGCUGUCCCACCGUCGAAGGGAUUGGUUCGUUGCACCAUCGUCAUUCGUCAGGCCCACCUGCUACAAUGGCAGGGAUUUUUUACCUUAUCGUGUGUCUCUUCACGUUUAAUAUCGUAACGGGUGAAAUAAAGAACGUGGGAUGGUGGAAAAAUGCUGUAUUCUAUCAAAUUUAUCCGAGAAGCUUUAAGGACGGUAAUAACGACGGAAUUGGUGACCUGAAAGGGAUAACCGAGAAACUAGACCACAUUCAGGAUGCCGGAAUCACUGCGAUAUGGCUUUCACCAAUUUAUGCCAGUCCCAUGGUGGACUUCGGCUACGAUAUUUCGGACUUUCGAAUGGUACAUCCUGACUACGGAACUAAUGAUGAUCUUGAUAAUUUGAUUAAAAGAAGUAAAGCAUUGAAGAUUAAGAUAAUUCUUGAUUUGGUCCCGAAUCACACAUCUGAUGACCACAAGUGGUUUGUACAAAGCAAAGCUGGAAAUGAAAUCUUCAAGGACUAUUAUAUCUGGCGUUCAUCAACUGGACAGGAUAAUCCCCCCAAUAAUUGGCUCAGCCGUUUUGGAAACACAGCUUGGCAAUACGAAGCAAGUCGACAGGCAUCAUAUCUUCAUCAGUUCCACAUCCGUCAACCUGAUUUAAAUUAUCGAAAUCCAAAAGUGCAAGAAGAAAUGGAAGCUAUAAUUAAGUUCUGGUUGGACAAAGGCAUAGACGGCUUCCGUGUUGACGCUGUCCCCUUCUUAUUCGAAUUUCAAGAUUUGGCAGACGAGCCGCGAUCUAAUCUUCCCAACGUAACUGCAAAUGAGUGGGAAUAUUUACGUCAUGAUUAUACCCAAGAUUUGGACGAAACCUACGACUUAGUGAGGUCCUGGCGAAAGAUCCUUGACGAUUAUGCAAAUUCUACAAACUCUGAUGAGAAGGUGAUGAUGACCGAGGCAUACACAAGUCUAGAAAAUGCCACCAAAUAUUACGAUUUCGGUGCGCACGUGCCCUUCAAUUUUCGAUUUAUCACGGAUAUUAAUCGUAGUUCGGGCCCUAAUCACGUGAAAGAAAUCAUUGAUACGUGGAUGGUCCAGACUGGAAAAAGGACCGGAGCUGUUGCUAAUUGGGUGAUGGGAAAUCAUGAUAAUUCAAGGACUGAAUCAAGAUAUCCAGGUCGUGGUGAUCAAAUGACAAUGCUGGCAAUGAUUCUGCCGGGAGUUGCCGUCACCUACUACGGCGAAGAAAUUGGCAUGGUUGAUAAAACAGAUAUCAGCUUUGAAGACACUCAAGACCCCCAAGGGUGUAAUGCUGGAAGCGAUAAGUACCAAUUAGUUUCUCGUGAUCCAAACAGAACCCCAAUGCAAUGGAAUGAUGACACCAAUGCCGGUUUUAAUGAAGGAGAAACGCCAUGGAUUCCCGUAAACGAUAAUUUCCCGGAAUUGAACUUGGCUGCGCAGAAGGAAGCGUUAACUUCCCAUUACAAGAUUUAUCAGAAGCUGGUUAACUUGAGAAAGACAAUGACUGCACUUAAAACAGGAGAUCUCCAAACUAUCGUAUCGUCCGAUAAUAAAUCUCUGGCGAUAGCCAGAACUGCAGAUAAGCAAAGCAUUAUUCUGGUUAUCAACUAUUCUGAUGAAGAGAGUAUUACCGUAAAUUUGGGACGACAGUUAACGAAGCUCAAUUCUGCGGCAACAGUUCUUAUAACGACUUUAGGAAAUUCUACUAGAGAGGGAGCAUCUGUGAAUUUGAACGAGCUACACCUAGCCCCCAAACAAUCUUUGGUUCUAUCCGCAGCAGUGAAUACUCCAACCACCAAUACUGGUGAACCUAAUGGCGCUGAGAUUAAGACAUUUUCCCCUAUCUUAGCCAUAUGCUUGUUUGUCUUCGCAACGCUAGAAAUCCUACAUUAAUAUCUGAGAUCAUAGGUUUGCGUAUAAAAUAAUAUUGAUUGUAUGAAUAACUGUAUAUUGGAAAUUUUUGAAAGAGUAUAGUGUUAUUGAAUGAACGAAA